AUGUCUUCUCCCUUCCUUCUCCCCGCCUCUCUCUCUACCUCUCUGAAUAAGUCUGUUCAUAUCUAUCUAUCUAUCUAUCUAUCUAUCUAUCUAUCUAUCUAUCUAUCUAUCUAUCUAUCUAUCCUUUCUUUUAGCUUCAUACAGUCAUCUAAUGUCUGUGAGUCUCUCUCUUUCUCUUUCUCUCUCACUUUCUUUACCCUCUCUUAUGCUUUCUCUCUCUCUCUCUCUUUCUAUUUAUCUCUCUCCCUCUCGCACUUUCUCUAUCUCUUUCUCCCCCUCUCCCACUUUCUCUAUCUCUUUCUAUCCCUCUCUUUCGCUUUCUCUCUCUCGCUCUCUUUCUAUUCAUCUCUCGCCCUCUCCUACUUCUUCUCUUCCUUUCUCCAUCUCUCUCUCUCUCUCUCUCUCUCUAUUUAUCUCUCUCUCUCUCUGUCUGUGCGCGCGCUUCCUAUCAUCUAUCUAUCCAUCUAUCUAUCUAUCCUCCAUCUAUCUAUCUAUCUAUCAUCUUCGACGUCAGUGUCAGUAUCUAUCCAUCUAUCUAUCUCUAUCUAUCCAUCUAUCUCCAUCUCAGAGUGUGCGCAUCCAUUUCAUUCAUCUAUCUAUCUUUCCUAUCUAUCUAGUUCAUCUAUCUAUCUAUCUAUCUAUCUAUCUAUCUAUCUAUCUAUCUAUCUAUCAUAUCUAUCUAUCCAUCUAUCUAUCUAUCAUGUCAUCUAUCUAUUCAUCUAUCGACGUCAUCAGUAUCUAUCUAUCUAUCUAUCUAUAUAUCUAUCUCAGAGUGUGCGUAUCAUUCAUCUAUCUAUCUAUCUAUCUAUCUAUCUCAUCUAUCUAUCUAUCUUUCGAACUGACAUACGUUUUAAAACAUUCAGCUAA